GUCGUGUUGACGGAACCAAAGCGACCAACUGAGUUGGUCUUGACCAUCAGCUACAGGUUGUACUGUAGUAGUGUCAUCAGACUAUGCUAGCCACGUUCCUACGGUGAGUACCGAGUAGGUAAGUUCUUUUCCUUUCUUCCCCCUGGCCCUGGCGUGGCGGCAAGCAGCGGGCUAGAGCAGGACAGAGAGAAGACCCAAAAGAGAAGUCAAGAGAGGCUACUAGGUAAAUCAGAUUAAUUCAAAAGGACGACGGUUGCCGUCAGUGGUCCGAGUUUCUCUAUCUCCAUCUCAGUUGAGUCUCCCGCCAUCUUUCUCAGACUUUCAGAUCCCUGGGCUGUCUGCGAGUGACUUUGACUGAAGCAGAAGCAUAUCGUCGAUACUUUAGAUUCUUCUCUAUCAUAAAAGAGUCGACACUACCCACUCUCUUUCUUCAUACACAGUCUUCAGCUUCACUGUCAAUCAAAUCACCCACCAUGAAGCUCUCCGUACUCCUCGCCCUCGUGGCAGCAAACGUGGUCUCGGCCCACUUUGAACUCGUCUAUCCUUACUGGCGAGCCAACUCGUUCAUUCCGCCUGCUUCGCAAUACAUUUUCCCAUGUGCCGGUCUCAACACCACAACCGAAUCCUCCAACAACCGCACCCUGUGGCCCCUCGACGGCGGGUCCCUGGUCAUCAAAUUCCACCACCCAUGGACCUAUGUGUCUUUCAACCUGGGUCUAGGAAACGACACAAACACCUUCACCACGUCGCUGAACCCGAUGUUGUUGAACGAAACGGGAAACGGGACCAUUUGUCUGCCGAAAUUCACGCUCCCUGAAGGUCUGGGGAUCCAAGAUGGCCAAGAUGCCAGUUUGCAGGUCAUUACGAUUGGUGAUGAAGGGACGGCUUUGUACAAUUGCGCAGAUAUAACAUUCACAUCAAACGCCACCCUCCUACCCGACGACCAAUGCAAAAACUCAAGCAAUGUCGACAUAUACCCUCUUGUCGAACAGUUUUCCAAUGGCUCGCUUGCAGCUGGAGAAGGAGGUUCAGCUGCAGCAACAACCGUCACAGUCACGGCCUCGGGUGCUGCUGCUACGGGGUCCUCUGCAAACGGCGGCAGUGGAAGUGUGAGACUUGGCGCCGUCGGUCAACAUGGGGUUAUUGCUGCUGCCGUCGCUACUGUCGCUGGACUCACUUUCGGCGGUUUGUUCGUGGCUGCUCUAUAGAUGUCUGGGCUCUGGGAUCGUAUAAGGUAAGGCAAGUGGAAGUACGCAGUGGAGUUCAUGGACUAGAUAAUACUACCUAUGUGGACAGAGGAACCAUAUACCUACGUAGGUAGUAGGUAUUGAAUUUGGGGCAUGGCCAUCCUUCGUGAGACUAUUUGUAGUGACGAUCCCGAUGUACAACCAUAUACAGUGGCUUGACUAGGCCAGGGGUUACCACCAUUACUACCUUCGUAUCUACUGUCGGUAGCAUGUAUGUCCAAUAUAUGUACUACACUAAGAUCCGCAACGGUACCUCGAUAUUAAAGUCAUUGAA